CAUAUUGUCUUCAUUUCUCAACUUCAUAAUUCAAUCCCUCCCCCCUUGGCCACAGCAAACAUCAAACGAGUCGAUUCAAACAGCGACCUCAGGGGGACCCAUUCCGCCAACAGACGCUUUUUUAGCUGCUUGCCAUCCAACCCACCCUCAUCGCCAUGCUGUGAUUUUAUUGCCCCAUAGUUAUUUAAGAGACGGUGGCUACGACGAUCGGACGGAGGUUUACAAGUCCAAGACCAAGGCGUGCAGCCAAUCAAACCGUCAUGCCGCACGAGCCCCCAGCACGCACGGCAUGCUUUGCCUCCAAGGGCUGCCCUCCUUAAUAUGCCUGUCCACUCUCAAACGCCCUCGCCUUCACACCCUCUUUUCCCUCCUCUGCCCUGCUCCUCUCCCCGCGAGAAUCCACUCAUUUCAUCACUUGCCAACCCACCAGUCACUCUUUUUGUCCAAACCACAAUCACCACAACCACCACUGCUCGGUGCGUCUGGAUACGUGCCGUUCCACACUCAUUACAUAUAUCCCCAAUUCUUUACCACACAUCCACACACUCAUUACACGCCAUCAUGCUCUCAGGCGCUCUCUCCACCGUCGCGCUCCUCGCGGCGGUCCUGCCCACCGCGCUGGCACAAACCUCCACCCUUUGCAAUCCCCUCGAGGAGAGGGGAUGUCCUAACAUGCCUGCCCUCGGCGCCAACCUCACCUUCAACUUCACUGAGCGCUACAACGACAAGGUCUGGACCAAGCCGAGCGCCGGUGUCAUCGAGGCCAACGAGAAGUCAGAGGGUUCCUACUUCUCCCUCCGUUUGCGCGGCGAGUCUCCAACUCUGCACUCCAACUUCUACAUGUUCUUCGGCCGUCUCGAGGUCGUUAUGAGGGCUGCCGCAGGCAAGGGCAUCAUCUCCACCGCUAUUCUACAGUCCGAGGAUCUCGACGAGAUCGACUGGGAAUUCAUGGGCGGCAACUCUACCCACGCCUUCACCAACUACUACGGCAAGGGCAACUCGGAUAUGCCUACACCGAACCGUGGCAUCGAACCCAAGAUGGACUCAUCGCCCCUGGACGGUUUCCACAAUUACACCAUCGAUUGGACCGAGGAGCGCAUCGAAUGGAUCCUCGACGACAAGGUCGUUCGCACGCUCAAGUACGAAGAAGCCAAGGGCUCGGAUGGCAAAUCAUACUACCCUCAAACCCCCAUGAACGUCCGCAUUGGUUUGUGGGCUGCCGGCGACGUGGAGAACAACAAGCCUGGCGUCGUCGAAUGGGCUGGUGGUGAGACCGACUUCAAGCAAGCUCCCUUCAGCAUGAUUGUCAAGUCCGUGUACGCUGCAGACUACACCAACGCCAAGGAGUACUCAUGGGAUGACAUGGAUGAUACGGGUGACCACCAAAAGGUCAAGAUUAUCGGCAAGGACACCAACCAGAGGUCUCAAGUCUUUGUUGAAGCCACCAAGCCCACUGGUGUUGACCGUAUCAAGGCCAUGAGCACGACUACCAAGAUCGCCAUCGGUGCCUCAGUCGCUGGUGUGGUCCUCAUCGGCGCUGCCCUCAUCGCCUUCUGCUGCGUUAAGCAGCGCCGUGCUGGUCGCAAGGAAUACGCCACUUUCCAGGCCCAGGAGAACCAAGAAAAGGCCGAGUACGCGAUGCACAAGCAAAACUGGCAGUCUCGCGCCAGCCGCUACGCGCGCGUAUAA